AUGAGACUCAUCCUCUCCUUCUUCUUCCCUGGCAGCCUCCUUCCACUUCUCACCUCUUGGCUGCCAAUGGCACAAGCGCUGCCGCUGGCCGCCACUGUCACCCCCACCCCGGCCAGCUCCUACAACAACAACAAUAACAACAACAAUAUGCCCGAGGAGUUGCAGGGCAAACUGGACACCCUGGCCACGUGUGGCGGGGUCACGGGCUUCUGCAGCAGCGGUCGUUGCUUGUGCUCGGGCUUUUGCGAGGGGGUCUGUAUGGGAUUUGGGAGGUCGAAGGUCGACAUGGUCAGGACCCUCCUGAUUUUCAUCGUGAACCAACCCCGUGGCAUCAUGUUGUGUGAAUAG